AUGGACACAUCAGUAAGCACAUCAAAAUCGGUUAGAGUAUUUUCCAAGAGCAAAACAUCUUUGGAAAAACGACAAAACAGGCUUAAAAGGCCAGAAUCAUCAGAAUACAUACGCGAGCUAUCCAGAUACAUAAAAGAACUAUCACAUCUAGAGAAUAAAAUACAGAAGAGAAGUAUUUUACUGCACCAUGGGUAUAGCGAACUAAACAAAAUAACAUCAUCUAAAGACCCAAGCAAUCUACAGAAAGCGCUAAGGACAAAGCUAACACUCUUAAUUGAAAGAAAGAACCGGCUGCUUGAAGAAAUAUUUUCAGUAUCUGGCCAUUUAACCGCACAGAAGAAAGAGCUUGAAAAAAGAAAAAACUCAGAAUCAUCAGGAAGAAGCUCAUCCAGAUCUUUGCCCAGCUCAUCAGUUAGCCUAGGAAGCAUCCAAGCUAGCUUGAAUGAGAAAGUUCUGCACCAUUACUUCAGAUAUAACAAAACACUUUCUGAAAUAGAAGAACUAGCGAGUGAAUCACUCAUUAGCAAAGAAGACAGAAGAAUAAUCUACUCAAUUUUCUUUCCAACACACUCAGAUGACAGCUAUCCAUUUGCCACGCACUGCCUUCGAAAGGUGUUUGGAUCGCGCGUAUCCACUGCAACAAGCUUUAUGAAAGAAAUAUAUAGAAAGAGCUCAUCGCAUGAUAUACAUAUGUCAAGCAAAUCAGAUGCAUUUGAAAUUGUAUCUUGCUAUGUGCACUUCUUAAGACACCAUUCUCUCAUUUCAUCCAGUUUUAUAUUUGGAUCAGUAUGUACUAUAUGCUUUAUUCUGUGGAAGAGUAUUGAAAUAUUACUGAGUGAAUUUAGCAGUUCAGUGAGUAUAAUGGGAACGGCAAUUUUAUUUGUGGUUCUGUUUGGAUGGUCAACCUUUGGUAUACUGUCUAUUUUCUUUUCCUGGACAUUUGGUCACUCCCACAGCGAGUUGCAUAUGUCUUCAUCAUCUAGCAGUAGUAGUAGCAGUAGUAGCUCAAGCAAAAAUGAUAGCAGCAAUCUUUCAUCUAGUAUUAGCAGCGGCUCUAACAGCCUAAGCACUAGCAAGAGUAGCUCAAGCAGCAGCCAGCAAAACAGUAGCGAACAUUCUUCAAAUAAGAGUGGCAGCAGCUCUAACAGCAGCAAAAGUACAAAUGCUAGCAGCGACAACUUUUCUAGCUUUUUCAAUAGUCUGUUUGGAAGUAGCAGCAAUAGUGGAAGUAGCGGAAGUAGCAAUAGCUAUUCAUCUUCUGUCCCACUUAGCCUAUCAAGUAACAGCAGCAGUGGCUUAAGUGGCAGCAACAGCUUAAGUGGCAGCAACAGCAACAGUAGUAACGGUAUAAGUGAAAGUAGCAGCAGAAGUAGCAGUAACAAUAGCAGCAGCAGCAGAAAUCUGUCUUCUUCUGUUUCUUCUAAAUCUAGCAGCCUGCCUUCUGAGCCAGUGCUAUCUAUAAGCAGAAGUAUCAGUGACUCGCCUUCCAUCAGUGAGCUAUUGAAUUCAUCAAGCAAGAGCGCAUCAAGCAGUAGCUCUAGCUCGCGCCCCAGCCAGUCAGUAGGUAGUUCGUCAAGUGCUAAUCUAUCUGUUAGCAGUGGAUCGUCUGCUUCCUCAAGUAUAAGUAGCAGCAAAAAUAGUAGCGAAUCAGUUAUAUUAGGCAGUGAUUUUCUAAAACUCUUCCCUCUAUUUGUGGCCAAUCUUUCCACAUCAUUGAUUUUGUGUAUGGCAUCAAUUGGCUCUAUAGACUACCUUCUUUCCUCGUACCUUCCAUCAUAUUCUAGACAUAUUUUCUUACUUAUAUGCCUUUCUUCUUCACUUCUAUCAAUCUAUGUGACAGGAAGAAGGUCUCUUUCUAUAGUUAAACUAUCUUCAAAAGGGUCUUUUAUCUCAGUAUUCUCUCUGUCUGUUCUGACAGUUUCUAUGGUCCUUGGGAUAAGUAUAGUAUCAUCAGUGACCAUUGGGGUAUUAGAUCUUUUUACUCAAAUACGUAAAUAA